ACGCCUAUCCACCCUCUGCCUUGCCUGGGAAGGUUGCUCCUUCGGUCACUAUGACGGCCCCUCCCUGUGCGUCAUGCGCGUGCGCUGCCUAAUUCCGGCCUCUGCCCUCGGCCGCCAAAGGACUGCACGAAACACGGGAGAGGGAAAGUCGAGGAGGAAAACGCCGUUCGCGCAUGCGCCUCGAAAUCGCCUCCGCCCGUUCCGCGUACCCGACCUUGUCAAAAGGCGGCGGAGGCGGCAUGGGGCAUAAAGUGGGGCCCGAAUGACGCCUAGGAGGAGGCGAGCUUAGUGUAGCCCUCCUGAGAGCGAUACGAACCAUCAUCCACUUCCUCAGACAUGGGACAGGGGAACAAAAUGGUGCAAAGAACCGGAUAUUGUAUCUUUUCUGUCUCUUCAAGAAAAUGGACAACAAGGCAUGAUAGAUAGGUAACAGGAUCUUGUUCUGCUGUACUGCCAGAGAGUAAGCAUGACUGAGUGCUUCCUGCCUCCUACCAGUAGCCCCAGUGAACACCGCAGGGUGGAGCAUGGUGGAAGUCUUGCCCGGACCCCAAGCUCUGAAGAGAUCAGCCCAACAAAGUUUCCAGGCUUGUACAGGACAGGCGAACCUUCACCACCUCAUGACAGCCUUCUUGAACCUCCAGAUAUAGUGUCUGAUGAUGAGAAAGAACAUGGGAAGAAAAACCGAAAAUUUAAGAAAAAAGAGAAAAGGACGGAAGGUUAUGCAGCUUUCCAAGAAGACAGCUCUGGGGAUGAAGCUGAAAGUCCCUCCAAAUUAAAGCGUUCAAAGGGGAUUCAUGUUUUCAAGAAGCCAAGUUUCUCCAAAAAGAAGGAAAAGGAUUUUAAGAUUAAGGAAAAACCCAAAGAUGAAAAGCAUAAAGAGGACAAACAUAAGGAGGACAAGCAUAAAGAGAAAAAAUCGAAAGACUUGACAGCAGCAGAUGUUGUCAAACAGUGGAAGGAGAAAAAGAAAAAGAAGAAGCCAGCUCAAGAAACCGAAGUUCCCCAGGUGGACGUUCCCCACCAUCGACCUGUAUUUGGAAUCCCACUGGCAGAUGCAGCAGAAAGGACCAUGUUGUAUGAUGGCAUCCGCCUGCCAGCAGUUUUCCGGGAAUGUAUAGAUUACGUAGAAAAAUAUGGCAUGAAAUGUGAAGGCAUCUACAGAGUUUCAGGCAUUAAAUCCAAGGUGGAUGAAUUAAAAGCAGCAUAUGACCGAGAAGAAUCCCCAAACCUUGAGGAGUAUGAGCCAAACACUGUUGCCAGCUUGUUGAAACAGUAUCUGCGUGAACUGCCUGAAAACUUGCUUACCAAAGAGCUGAUGCCUCGCUUUGAAGAUGCAUGUGGGAAGACUGUGGAGGCGGAGAAAUUGCAGGAGUGUCAGCGUCUCCUGAAGGAACUGCCAGAAUGUAACUUCCUUCUGAUCUCCUGGCUGAUUGUGCACAUGGACCAUGUAAUUGCAAAGGAACUGGAGACAAAAAUGAAUAUCCAGAACAUUUCCAUUGUGCUCAGCCCCACUGUUCAGAUCAGCAACCGGGUCCUGUAUGUGUUUUUUACUCAUGUCCAAGAAUUCUUUGGAAAUGUGGUUCUAAAACCUGUGACAAAGCCACUUCGUUGGUCUAACAUGGCCACAAUGCCAGCGUUGCCAGAAACACCAGAAAGCAUCAAAGAAGAAAUAAGAAGACAGGAGUUCCUUUUAAACUGCUUGCACCGAGACCUACAGGUGGGGAUCAAAGAUUUAUCCAAAGAGGAAAGAUUGUGGGAGGUGCAACGAAUUUUAACUGCUCUCAAAAGAAAACUAAGAGAAGCUAAAAGACAAGAGUGUGAAACAAAGAUUGCACGAGAGAUUGCCAGCCUUUCAAAGGAAGAUGUUUCCAAAGAAGAAAUGACUGAGAAUGAAGAGGUUAUUAAUAUUCUGCUUGCUCAGGAGAAUGAGAUUUUGACAGAACAGGAAGAACUUCUGGCCAUGGAACAAUUUUUGCGCCGACAGAUUGCCUCUGAAAAGGAGGAGAUAGAUCGCCUCCGAGCAGAAAUAGCAGAAAUGCAAAGUCGCCAGCAUGGUCGAAGUGAAACUGAAGAGUAUUCUUCUGAGACUGAGAGUGAAAGUGAAGAUGAGGAAGAAUUACAGAUAAUUCUGGAAGAUUUGCAAAGGCAGAAUGAAGAACUAGAGGUGAAGAACAACCAUCUGAACCAAGCAAUUCAUGAGGAGCGAGAGGCCAUCAUUGAACUGCGAGUGCAGCUUCGGCUCUUGCAGAUGCAGCGAGCCAAAUCAGAGCAGCAGGUGCAGGAAGAAGAGGAGCUUGGGAAGCGAGGGGGUGCAUCACAGCUGCAGGCCCCCCAGGUACCCAGAGAUGCUGUGCCAGAUACAAAAACAGUAAAAGAGCAGCCAAAGGCAGUCAAGGAGCCCGUGAAGCCAUCACCCAGCAAAGACAGAAAAGAAACACCAAUUUGAUUGAAUUCCAAAGGUAUUCAGGAUAUCGCUUCGGCAAAGCCAGGACCGUGCAACUUACUGUAAAUCUGAAGCUUGUAUAUUCUGUAAAUAUUUUCUUUGAAAACCUGGAGACAUUUUGUCUCCUUUGUACCUGGGGCUUCUGCCUAUCAGGCUCAGGUUACUUGGAAGGAUAUAGCGAAUAGAGAUGGGGCAGGAAAGUGCAGCACAGCAGUUAACUUCAGCAUGCCAGAUCCUGGCAUCAGGUCACCAUUGGUGGUAUGAAACAAUUAGGGUUACUUAUGCUGGGAAAGUCUUGGAAAUUCUUUCAAAGCAUUAUCUGCUCAAGGGCUACUUCACACAUGGUAUUUCAUAACACAGUUAUAGGCAAAACCACAUUCCCAGCAUAGUAUUUAGCAACUUGGUUGGUAGCUAUUGGCAUGCAGGAAUUCCUUGCAGGCAGGGGCAGGCUGGGAAUGAUGUGUCCUUUGCCAGCCUGUUUUGCUGCCACACUAGCCGUGCAGGAAGGAAAGCUGCUUCUUCUGUGACUAGCAUGGAAAAUGGGUGGGCUAGUGAAGGAGGGACUGAUCAUUUUCCUUCUUCUGCCAGUCCAUGUAAUAGAAUUUAAAAAAAAAAACAAACCUACCCUGCUGUGAGGUACUAGGAAACCUCCUUUCUCUGCUGGCCACUGCAAAAGAGGUUUCCUUACUCGUCUUCAGCUGGUAAGGAAAUAAAGAGUACUAGACUCACACAUGGUGUUGCCUACCUUGUGCACAUCGUGCUCAUUCUCUUUUGCUGUAUCCACACAUUGAAAAGAGGCACUUGGUAGAAGUGAAAAAAGUACAUAAGCAAUUAUGGUGCAUCAUAGUCAUAUUUUCCAGUGAGCAGGUAAAAACAUGUGCAAAGCUGUUUGAGAACUGAGGGGUCCAAGCUAUAACCUUACAUUUACUCGCUUUGUAAGUUUGUCCCAUUUAUUGUAAUUUCUGCUUUUACUCACUCUUGCUUGUGCCUUUUGGUAAUAGAGGAGCUUUAUAAAAUAAUUUAUCCUGAGCUGCUGAUGUGUCCUGAUCAGAUAGAAGGUCUUCAAGUGCAAACCAUGAGUGUAACUUACCCAUGUUCUUUGGCCAUCUGACAUUUUGAAGUUUUUAUGAAAGUACAUGUGAAGCUAAGAUGAAAUUUCAAGUUGGCAACUGUAUCUCUCUAAAAGAAAGUUGCCCAAGAACUGCUCAACUUUAGCAAAGCAAAUAUUUAUAGGAUUGAUUAACUCGGGGGUGUCGGGUUUAUAAAUAUAUUACAGCAGACAGUCUCUUAAUGCAGAUUAGAAUGCCAUUCAUUUCUUUCAUUUUCAGAGAUUCUUCCUGCAUUUGAUUCACACUUGAACAUGUAGCCAUCAAGACUUACAGAUUCUCCAAGUUUGGGAAGGGGAUGGAGCGAUUUUACAAGGUGCUAAGAGCACUUCUGGAGUGCAGUACAACACAUGAGUUUCAACUUCCUUCCUAAACUGGGAGCCGAUUAUUUCCUUGCCUAUACAUGUGUACUUCUGAGGAACAUUUGACUUUGUGAAGAUUUUGCCAGGAUUGUGUCAGUAGUUGCACUGUGCUUCUUGUGCAUUUGGAGUGCCAGGGAUGUUGCUUGAGAGAUAUCUGAAGCUUGGAAUUAGGGAGAGAGUGGCUCAUCAUCUUGACAAUUGUUCGUACAGUACUUGUGAGAACCUUUGGGCACCAUUGAAGCAUCAUAUGGCUGCUGAGACUCUCAGAAAGAGAGUCUGCCUGUCAUGCUUUCUAAAAAGGCAGUGGGACACUUUGCUAGUUAUUGUGAAAAUAUUUAUGAAUGGCUAUGUGGUUGAAGAGGGGGGUGCACAGAGCUUUUUUUAUGGACAGAGAAUGUCUACCCUAAGCAUGUAAUGGAUCUUCCAGGAUAUGGUGGUUCAGACUAUUCACUGUGGUGGGAUUCCUGACAGAAAGCAGAUGUCAGCUGCAUCUGCAUCCUGCUUGAUUAUUUACCAUUGUCAGCAGUGAAUUAUAUUUUCUUUCAGAGACAACCAUUUUGAAAUAACAAGUUUAAUUACAGCAGUCAUCUCAGCAAUAUUGAGCAGAAUUUGAGUAGGGUGCUUAUUGCAUAUUUAGUUUCUAAUCUGCAUAUUUAUUUGUUGGUGUGGACAUUUUCAUUGCAUAUUGCACUGUUGGAAAUCUUUGCUGUGAUUUAAUUUUUGUACAAGCAAUGCUUUGAGAUGUUACAGAGAACAGCCUAUUUUUUUUAAAUCUUGAAGAAAAGAAUUUAUACAGACUGGUCAGCUGACAGUUGUGUGUUAAUUCAAUGUUUUCCUUGGCCUGUUACAUAAAUUUUAUAUAUUCUGGCAGUAUUUAAACUUGUUUUAAAUUCACACUGAUUUCUAUUAAAUUGUUAAGCAUUUAUAUAAUC